AUGGAGAGAUCGAUGGCUUGGGCGGCUGUGGCGAUGGCGGUGCUGUGCUUGACGGCGGCGGUGGCGAGGGUAGGAGCGGACGACGUCGUGGACGAGGACUCGCCCGGGGCGUCCUUCAUCUUCGGGGACUCGUUGGUCGACGCCGGGAACAACAACUACCUUUCAACGCUCUCCAAGGCCGACAUGAACCCCAACGGGAUCGACUUCGCCGCCUCCGGCGGCAACCCCACCGGCCGGUUCACCAACGGCAGGACCAUCGCCGACAUCAUCGGGGAGAUGCUUGGGCAGGCGGACUACUCGCCGCCGUUCCUGGCCCCGAACACGACGGGCGGCGCGCUGCUCAACGGCGUGAACUACGCGUCGGGGGGCGCCGGGAUCCUGAACGGGACGGGCCGGGUGUUCGUGAACCGAAUCAGCAUGGACAUCCAGAUAGACUACUUCAACAUCACGAGGCGGCAGCUGGACGACCUGCUGGGCAAGGCCAAGGCCAAGGAGUUCAUCCAGAGGAAGGCCAUCUUCUCCAUCACCGUCGGCUCCAACGACUUCCUCAACAACUACCUCAUGCCCGUGCUUUCCGCCGGCACCCGCGUCGCCGAGUCCCCCGACGGCUUCAUCAACGACCUCAUCAUCCACCUCCGCGAGCAGCUCACGAGGCUGCACGCGCUGGACGCGAGGAAGUUCGUGGUGGCGAACGUGGGGCCGCUGGGGUGCAUCCCGUACCAGAAGACGCUGAACCGCGUCGGGGACAACGAGUGCGUGAAGCUCCCCAACACGCUCGCCGCGCAGUACAACGGGCGCCUCCGGGAGCUCCUCAUCGAGCUCAACGGCGGCAGCGACGGCACCGGCGGGCUCCCCGGCGGGAGGUUCUGCCUGGCGAACGUGUACGACCUGGUGAUGGAGCUGAUCGCCAACCACCAGAAGUACGGGUUCAAGACGGCGAGCGUGGCGUGCUGCGGCAACGGCGGGCGGUACGCCGGGAUCGUGCCGUGCGGGCCGCAGUCGAGCAUGUGCGACGACCGGCAGAACCACGUGUUCUGGGACCCCUACCACCCCAGCGAGAAGGCCAACCUGCUGCUCGCAAAGUACAUCGUCGACGGCGACAGCAAGUACAUCUCGCCCAUGAACCUCAGGAAGCUCUUCAAGCUCUAG